CUGGGUCAUCGACAAAUGGAAGUGAGCUUCAUAUCACUGAUACGUAGUUAAUCGAAUGUUGCAAUAAAGUGGAAGUUAUGAUGAAAGAAGUAAACAAUACAGACGCACCAGAAAGAGCUCGUGGUGACAAUAACAAUAAAACAAUAGCAGAAGGCUUUUCUGCAACGCCUUUUAACAGUCCUACAACACCUCCUGAGAGUAAAUUAAGAAAUUUGGAGCGGUCCCCUUUAUUUAUAUUACGGGAGAAACCGAAACGUUACUAUAGCCGUAAAUUUGAAGAAAAGGCGAAAUCAAAUUUGGUGGAUAAAAUCAAAGCCGCUGUUGAUGACAAUAUACACAUCGUAAAUUUGAAUUCCAAAAAGUCAUAUAAAUCCAUCUCAGAAAGAUAAGCUUCAGAUCGUUGUUACGACGAUAUAGAGAAAGACGACACGUACAACGUAAAUGAAACUUUAGUGCCAUCUAAUCAGCGUAAAACUGAGAUAAGUAAAAAUUAUCAUUGGGAUGGCCCC